AUGUGGGCACGUCAAUGCAUUCCUUGCCAAAAAUCCAAAAUACACAAACAAAAUCACCUCACUCCUAUCCAUAUUCCUAUUCCUGAAAACAGGUUUUUGCAUAUUCACAUCGACAUAAUUAAAUUACCUAAUAUUAAUGGAUAUCCUUAUUGCCUAACAAUCAUCGACAGAUUUACAAGGUGGCCAGAAGCUAUUCCUCUAAAGGACAUUUCUGCAGACACGAUUGUCCAAGCCCUAUUUUCAAACUGGAUAUCAAGAUUUGGUACACCAUGUGUGAUAACAUCCGACCAAGGAUGCCAGUUUGAAUCAGCUAUAUUCAAAUCAUUAAUGGAUGCAAUAGGUGCUAAGAAAAUACGGACAACGGCAUAUCACCCUCAGUCCAAUGGUCUGGUUGAACGCUGGCAUAGAACUUCAUACAAAGAAGACCUUAAAGCAUCUCCUGCUGAGAUGGUUUAUGGAACCACAUUAAGACUACCAGACGAGUUUUUCACAUCUAAAGAACUGUCAUCUGAUCCACAAGCAUUUCUGGACUGUCAUAGAAAAAUAAUGCGUGCUAUUAAACCUACUGCCACAGCUCAUCAUAAUAAAGCCAAUAUGUUUGUACUCAAGGACAUGAAUACAUGCACGCAUGUAUUUGUCAGGGCAGAUAAUAUUCGAAAACCACUUGAGCCUCCAUAUAGUGGACCAUAUAAAAUCAUAGAAAGAAUUUCAUACAAAGUGUACAACAUUUUUAUGGAUGGAACUAAUAAAAGCAUAUCGGUUGACAGAUUAAAGCCAGCAUAUACGGUUAAAACAGAUAACAGUCAACCAAGCACAUUACAAGAAUUCAAACCACAUCUAUUGGAGUUAACUAUGGUCUCUCCAAGAAAAACCAAUUCGAAAAAAGUCUCCUUCAAAUUAUAA